CAAUAACAGAUUGACCAAAUACGAGCGCGAUGGCAACCAUCAAGGGGGUCUCGAGCUUCAGCGCUGAGCAAGAAGCACACGCACUAAGGAAGGCUAUGAAGGGACUGGGCACAGAUGAAGAUGCCAUCAUUGAGAGCUUGACCAAACUAAACGUUUCCCAACGUCAGCAAGUUCUGAUCACCUAUAAAAGCAGCAUUGGCAGGGAUUUGAUUGAUGACUUGAAGUCUGAGCUGAGUGGGAAUUUUGAAAAGGUGAUCAUCGCUAUGAUGACUCCUACCACCAUGUACGACGUGCAUGAACUGAGGAGGGCUAUGAAGGGUGCAGGAACCGAUGAAGGUUGCCUGAUAGAAAUCCUGGCUUCUCGCACAAACGAAGAGAUUCGGCGCAUUAAUGAAAACUACAAACUUCAAUACGGCCGCACCCUUGAGGAGGACAUUGUCUCUGACACAUCUUCCAUGUUCCGAAGAGUCCUUGUGUCCCUCGCGACGGGAAACAGAGAUGAGGGAACAUAUGUGGAUGAUGCUCUUGCUCAACAAGAUGCUCAGUGCCUGUAUGAAGCCGGGGAGAAGAAGUGGGGAACAGAUGAGGUACAAUUUAUAGCCAUCCUCUGUACACGGAACAGAUACCACCUCCUAAGAGUUUUUGAUGCAUACAGAAGGAUUGCUAAUAAGGACAUAACGGACAGCAUUAAAUCGGAGAUGUCAGGAGACCUCGAAGAUGCGUUGUUAGCUGUGGUAAAGUGCGUGCGAAAUAAACCUGCGUAUUUUGCUGAAAGAUUGUAUAAAUCCAUGAAGGGCUUGGGAACAGAUGACAGCACACUGAUCCGAGUGAUGGUGUCCCGCUCUGAAAUCGAUAUGCUGGAUAUCAGAAGGGAAUUCCUGACCAUGUAUGGGAAAUCGCUCCACUCCUUCAUUAAGGGAGACUGCUCAGGAGACUAUAGGAAAGUUCUGCUCAGGCUCUGCGGUGGGGAGGAUUAA